AAAAGUGCCAAAAAAGCCCCACUAAAGCACCCAACCUGUGCAGAUGUUGGGCAAGCCAGGUCCAACUAAUGCGAUGCCUCUUCUGCACAUGUGCAUGGGAGCAUGCAGAGUUUAACGUAAAACAGUUUUGGGGGGGUGGUUUAAUGUCUGUAAGCGGCAAUAAAGGUUUAUAUUUUCUCUGGUCAGGCAGUCUUAAAUAUUUCCUAAAGUCAGACUGAAAUUUUUGUUUCUUUACAGAAUGUCAACUUUUUUUACCUUGCUUGCAUCUAAUGGGUUUGCAUCUCAAGGAAGAUUGGUGUGAAGAGGAAAAGUAGUGCUCUUUAUUCAGUAGACAGGGAGAAAAGACUCAAAGCCUCCCUGACAGUGCCGGCUCUUCGCUUUCCCUCCUGCUUCUGCCUGCAAGAAGACUAGAGCCAUUCUUCUCUUGCGAGUCCCUCAGAAAGACCCCAGCAGGGUUGGCUGUUCCUAACCCCGGGGGCUCCUCGCUGGAAGCUCUAGGCUGACGGUGUGACCAGGUUCGCCCCGCGGGGGAUGCUGGCACCGGCGGAGACCCCUGCUCCGGAGGGAGGGGCUGGCAGAGGUCUUUCCCUCCCCUCCCCAGGGCCGCCGGAGGUGCAGCCCCGCCGCCCCUCGCCUCGAGUCCGCGCACGUGAUGCCCUUCGCGCUCGCGGAACGCGCCGCUGUGACUUCUCAUUGGCUGGCUCCCAGGCGCGGCCGCGCCCAUUUCAUUAAUGACCCUCUCAGCAGCAUUGUGACGCCACAGGCGCGCCGUCAUCGUGUGCCCUGCUAUAAAAGGCCCAGCGGGCGGCGCUGCUCCCUCAGAGGCUCCGGCGAGGGGCGGCGGAGGGAGCUUUGGAGCAGCCGCGAAGCACGAAGCUGCGAGACUAUCGUUGGCCUGCAGUUGCCGAAGAUGUACACUGCGAAGCCCAGGCUGGUUGUCCCCUAUGGCCUCAAGACUCUCCUGGAGGGCCUGACCAGGGCCAUACUCAAAUGCAACCCAAGCAACAUCCCCGAGUUCGCCGCGCUCUACUUCCGAGAGCUCACUGCGUUCAGAGGAGAGCACCCAAACGUGGACAUCAUUGACCUGGUGAGAGAGUUUCAUUUUGCUCAAGUAGACGGCUUGGCUGAGAGACUAUCAGAGAAGAAAACCGAGGCUAGAGACAAGUUUACGCCAGAUGCAAAUGUGGCAUCUCCACUUUUCGACGAACCAAAACGGAAGGAAAAAUCUACUGACACUGAGGAGGACCAGCUCCUUGAAGGACCUGUACCUGACUGUAGCGCCAAAACGACGCAAUACCCAUCAACUCACAGUGAACUUACAGAAAAUGAAUCGUCCCCAACAGGACCUGAACCUUCAUCCCCUAAGGGACCUGACCUUGCUUAUGUCCCAGCUGAUCCCGCCCAGCUUGCUGCACAGUUGUUAGGUAACAGUGAUUCACUUCAUUCUCUGAAGGAUGUGGCAACAAGCGUGCAGACUCUUCCCGAAGUGUCUAUGAGCUCAGAGGACACAACAGCUGUGCCAAUAGAAGGGGCUGCUGAAGAUGCCACAGUUGUCCCAGCAGCUGAGGGUUCUGCAGAGUCAGUUAGGUCAGAGUCCAGUGCUCAGAGUCAGUCUUCCAUGACCAGAGAGCUAGGUUCCUCAGGCAGUCAGGUUGAACAAUCAGCCAGUGAUACAAACCACGCUCCCUCAAUCCCCUUGCAGGAAGAACCACCACCUCCACCUUCCCCACCACCUCCUCCUGACGAUCCAUUGCAGGCUGCACCUUCCCCCAAUGAAAUUGAAGUUACAUCAACCAUUCAGGUUCUGCCAAUGAAUAACAAUGAGGAGGAGCCUGUUACUGAAGGAGAGGUUCCACCUUACAUAGAACAGGUUCCACAGAAAAUAGUAAUUCCCUUUAUAGACCAAGUAGCUGGUCUUUUAGAGAUUCAGCCCCUACUAAAUGCAGGCCAGUUUAUAUGCACUAAAAUCUUAGAUCCAUCUGCAGUCGAUGCAGAAUGUGACCCUGAAGGAAUGGAAACUACAGCGCAAAAGGCAUCAGCUGAACCAGGUUAUGUUAUAUCAGCAAUGGCAACAAGCGAAGCAGGACAACCACCACCAUAUUCUAAUGUGUGGACUCUCUAUUGUCUAACUGAUUUGAGUCAACAAGGUCGAAAGUCACCACCACCCCUUCCUCCUGCGGGAACUGGUGCUCCUUAUCCCCAAGCAACCCUCUAUAUAUCUAGUGGGAAGGAGCAACAACAGGUCCUACAGCAACAGAUGACACAAGGUCAACAAGUAUCCUCUCCAACUUAUGUGAUGACUGAAGAAAGCAAGCAGGGAAAUGCACCACCUUUCAUUUUGGUGGGCUCUACUGUACAGAAUGCACAGGACUGGAAAUCUAUUCCUGGCCAUGCUGUCCUUGCACAGCAAGAUGCUAGUGUUGUGAGGAGAUUCACCACAGUACCUAUACCCGUGGCCAGAGCAGCUGAUCUGAAAACAGUCACACCAAACCCCAAUCCUAAUUCUGCACAGGAACCUGCCAGACCACCAACCCCCGUUUUUCUUUCAGUUGCCAUACCCCUGGAUGAUGUAAUGUCUGCUAAGAGGGGCUCAGGCGAUAAGCAAGCAAAUCCUUUUGCAGGAAGCUAUGGCAUUGCAGGAGAGAUUACAUUUACUUCUGCCUUGGUUCGCCGAGCAGACUCAUGAGAAGGUAAGAGAUGCCCUUUGGAUAUCACUGUGGAAUGGAAUAUGCAUCUUAAAGAAUAAAACUGAUUAACUUAAAUACAAGGACCCAAUAAAAUUAAAUACCAACAAUCAGGGUUUUUUUAAUGCAUGUCAUGGCUAUUAGGUAGCACACUGCAUCAUAUAGGUUGUUCCUGAGAAGUCAGUCAAAUUUCCAUUGUUCCCAUUUGAAGAAAAAAGAAACUGAGUUGGUAUAAUACCCAUUCUCCAUAGCACGUAACUUAGGAAUGCAGUGUAAGAGUAAAUCAUCUCUUAUUAUUCUUGGUUCAAGAUAUAUGGAUGACUAGAUGAAGGUGUUAUUUCAUAGGCAAGGUAAGAGGAAAAAUUAGCCUGGUACAACUUAUAACAAAAAUUACACUUCUACUCUAAAAAGGGUCUGUGUCCAAUAUACACACCAGGAAUUGAAAACUAGCUUCCAUUUUAUUUGAACUCCAGAAGCAGAGGAAAGGAACCAAGUGCUAUACGCAAUAGUCUAUGUUUAGAGGUGUUGGUGAAAUAGCACCUUGCGUGCCAAUUACCUGGAAGACAGUGCACCCAUUUUGGUAGGACUUGACUUUAGAUAGGGGCAAUGAUUUUUUUCCCCCACUCUUAAGCUUUGUAGACAUGAAGGGUAGCACUGGGGAGAGUCUCCACCCUGAAAUUUAAAAUGGCUUCAUAAGAUCAUUUAGACCCCAGCCACUAUUACUCCAACAGAGCAGUUAGGAAAUGUCAAUGCCACAGACAUUUGACAGCAUCACGUUUCAGCCAAACCAAUCAAACAGCUCCAAGGAAUAAAUAUUAGAUCAUUAAGUUGUCACUGAGUAUAUGUUAAAACAACUCAGAGAAGCUGAGAAAUAUUACAUUAGAUGAACUCCUUGGAAUGGAUGGUUUUAAGGAACUGUAAGACAAGCUUUCUAUGGGUGCUAGCAGCUUGCAUUAUGACAAAGGUUACUAGUGCUGAGCUAGCACACGAGGUAACCAAAUCUGGCUCCCAACACUUGCUAUUCCAGUAAACCUACUGAAAGUCACAGAGAAGCCAUGUCCCUGAGAACAUGACCUGGACUGUAGGACAGAUUCCUUGUUGGGUGUGAUUUGGGGCCGGAUGGUUAGGAGGAGGUACAGAGUACAGUUUGAUACGGAAAUUUUUAAAAUGAAAAACUACUAAGAGCACCAUGUUCAGAUCCUUUAGACUAACAAUCACAUGGGGUAAUU